AUGGGUUCUCGCCGUCGUCCCAGUCCUACCACUGCCCUAGUCUUGGUGCUGCUAUGGCUCUACUAUACGCCGCGCCGGACCUUCUCACUCUCCUUCAACCUCAACUUCUCCGACCCCAGCGCCUUCUCGUCUAUCGUCACCGCCGGCGACGCAUCCAUCAGUGCACCCACGCUCGAGCUCACAAGAAAUGCACGCCAAUUUCCCGACAUUCGGAACAGCGUCGGACGGGCGACGUUCGCGCACAAAGUGCGGCUAUGGAGCAGCGCCACUCGCGAGAUGGCUAGCUUCACCACCAACUUCUCCUUCCAAAUUACUCCUGCUCCUGCUGCAUACAACAUUCCAUUUCCCUACGGUGAUGGGAUGGCCUUCUUCCUCGGGCAUUUCCCUACGGCGAUCCCGCAGAACAGCUCCGGCCGCAACCUCGGCCUCCUCACGGACUUCACUACCGGGACAGGCGACGGCCGGAUCGUGGCCGUGGAGUUCGACACAUACUCCAACCCGAUAUAUAAUGAUAUCAACGGGAACCAUGUCGGCAUCGACGUCAACUCCCUCUACUCCAUGGCGUCCACGGACACUACAACCUCGCCGGGAAAGAACCUCUCGUCGUCCAUUGUUAUGGAAGCCACGGUGACGUACCACAAUGACACCAAGAUGCUGGCCGUUGAUCUCCUCAUCGGCGACGCUUUGUACCGGGUCAACGCAACCGUUGACCUGAGCAGAAUUUUGCCGGAGGAGGUAGCUGUUGGCUUCUCCGCGGCGACUGGCUUAUCUGCGGCUGGGCUACAGCAGGUGCUGUCAUGGUCAUUCAGUUCAACUCUACCUGAUUUUCCAACCAGCAACAGCUACAAAAAGUUGGUAAAAAUCCUACUAUCUGUACUAGUUCCUGUACUUUUUUUCUUGGUAUGUGCGGUUGUGGCAUGGCGGCGACACAAGAAAAUAAGAGCAAAUAAGCAUGGCCAAGAACAGUGUGUCGGCAGAGCUGGCCUCGAGAGAGGUGUAGCUGCCGGCGGCCCCGGGCGGUACACGUACCGCGAGCUGGUUGCCGCAACAAGCAACUUCGCGGAGGAGAAGAAGCUGGGACGAGGCGGCUUCGGGGGCGUUUACGGGGGUCACCUCACACUCAAACACGCUGCCGACCGUCGGGCGGUGGCUGUAAAGAUGUUGUCAGCAGAGUCAUCGGCGCAGGGGCGGAGGGAGUUUGAGGCAGAGGUGAGGAUCAUCAGCAGGCUGAAACAUCGCAACCUUGUGCAGCUGCUGGGCUGGUGCGACAGCCGCAAGGGGCUCCUCCUCGUCUACGAGCUGGUCACGGAGGGCAGUCUAGACAGGUAUCUCUACAACAACAACAGAUGCUUGACAUGGCCACAAAGGUACAAGAUCAUCCUCGGCUUGGGAUCGGCGUUGCGCUACCUCCAUGGAGAGUUUGAGCAGUGCAUCGUGCACGGCGACAUUAAGCCCAGCAACAUCAUGCUCGACUCGUCGCUCAGCACCAAGCUCGGGGACUUCGGGUUAGCUCGGCUCGUUGACCACGGCACCGGGUUAAUGCAGACCACCAAGGCUGUGCUCGGCACCGCCGGCUACAUUGACCCGGAGUUCGUCAACACCCGCCGGCCCAGCACCGACUCUGACGUGUAUAGUUUCGGCAUCGUCCUACUGGAGAUCGUCUCUGGCCGGCUGCCGGUCACCGAAACCGCGGGGAAACCCUUCUCACUGCUCAAAUGGGUGUGGAGCCUGUACGGCAGGGAUAAAAUCCUAGACGCGGUGGACCCGCGGCUAAGGAGUGUCGAGGACAACGAGUGGUGGAUGGAGCGGGUGCUCGUCGUUGGGCUCUGGUGCGCACUCCCGGACCGGAGCGAGCGGCCGUCCGUCGGGCAGGCCAUGAACGUCCUUGAGUCAGACGAGGCAAGGCUACCGGAGCUACCGCCGUACAUGUACAGGUCCGCACGGCCGGAUCCUGGGUCGUUCGGCCGGCACGGUAAUUUCUCCAUCGACAGCCCCGACCCCAGUUUUGUUCGCUCUUCUUCGGGCAACACCGGCGACACCAUUCUUUUCCCGGACUCAUCGCCGACUGUGUCGGUUUCAUGUUCCAGGUUUCCAACGGUAUAG